AUGACAGAAUCAAAGAUAUGUAUAAGGUUCUGCUGUGCUGGGAUUAUAGCGAUUUUGUUUUACAUCAUCGACAAUUCGAUGGCUUCUUUAGAUGGAUACAUUCCUGGUGAAGAUUAUCCAGCAUAUGAGGAAGUUCCCCAGGGUCUGUCCUUCACCUGCGAUGAUAAAAUACCUGGAUAUUACGCUGACACGGAGACUAUGUGCCAGGUCUGGCAUUGGUGUGUACCCAGCAUCGGUGGUAAUCUCAAGUACUCCUUCAUCUGUGCUCCAGGUACCGUCUUCAAUCAGCAGAGCAGAGUUUGUGAUUGGUUCUUCAAGGUCGACUGUCCCAGUUCACCCGCGUUUUACGCAAUCAAUGAAGACUUAUACAAAGACGAAGCUGGCAACUACAUAGCGGGAUAG